UUAAGAACACUUUGAAGGAAACUUGGUCUUCCAGCAUGCACAACCAUUCCCUGUUACUCUGCCACAAAAGUUGUAGUCAGUCUAUAGUGUGCAACCAAAGUUUGCCAGUGAAGACCAGGCAAUGGACUCUCAAAAACCAGACAUGGAAAACAAAUCCCCCCGGAGCAGCAAACUGUACCGGUCCACUGAAGAAUGCAUCAAAAACGUGCAUGGUCCCCACAGGUGGAGUACCUGUACAUCGUUCAGAACCAAGGAAAGCAGAAAGAAUUGCAAGCUCACGAGACCACUGCCAAAGAAGACCUUGACCUCACAGUUGAGAGAAAAUUUGAACAAAAGUAGCCCUAUUCAUACACGGAAUGCCAUAAACAGGGUAACAUUGCUGGAAGCACAUAAUGCACAGUCUGAUCAGUAUUUUCGUAAACUGGGUUCACGGUUCCCUUCAGUUAAGUUGCACAAGUAUGAUUUGGCAUCUUUCCCACAGUACAGCAUUUCAGAUUAUGAUAAGAAGCCCAUAACUCGCAUAGGUGACUUCAUCCUGACAUUCCCAUUUAAUGAAGUGACACUGAAGGCAUCUCAGGACCCCUUAAACAUUAAGGUAAUAAUGCAGGAGCUGCAAAAGAUGCUGAAGAGACAGGUAUUCCGGGAAUCAAAGAAUACAAAAGGGAAAACUGAGGCCCCAUCUUGAGGCUCCUUUAAUAGAAGAGAAUGCUUUGACCCUUUGUUGUGGGGGCCACGCAAUCCUCCAUUGCUCAGUGAAUGCUGCUUUGAAAACUAAUGGUUGAACAUUUGCAUUCUCUCCAGUUGCUUCAAUUCUAGGAUACCUAG